UCCAUCAAAAUAUCGUUCUCGGGAAGUAGCUCGGAAAGAAAUUUUGUGACCCUUUCGGCGGCGAUUUUUUGUGUUUCUUCGCCACAGCAUGUCCCGUUACGUAGGCUUGAAUAAGCUUGGCAAGCUGUUCAACUAUAUCCGCGACAAUGGAGGUAUCCGGGCUAGUUUGUAUAAGCUGUACAGAAUGGAUGAGAUGAAAUCGGGUCGUUUGGUCGGUGAAGAUAAGUACGGCAACAAGUACUACGAGGACCCGUCACAAUUUUAUGGCCGUAACCGUUGGGUAGAGUACGCACCGCACUGGAACCUUGAGUACGACGGUUCUCAAAUACCGUCGGAUUGGUUUGGUUGGAUGCACUACAAGACUGAUCUGCCACCGAAUCGGGACGGAAACCGUCCGCACUAUUCGUGGAUGAUGGAUCAUAGUGAAAAUGUGUCCGGAACUAAAGAUGCGUACAUGCCAUACUCAACAACUCGUCCCAAGGUAGAAGCAUGGGAUCCGAAAAAGUCGCUACAGAAAUGAAGUGUUGGUUUGCUGUGUUAAAUCCCAUAUAAAAUCUUGUAGAAGGUUGUACAUAAGAGGCUUCCGAAGUCGUUACAUCGUUAGCAAUCGUUACAAUAUCAGUCCGAAAUUAGUUCUGCUUUGAGAAAGUUGAAUGGUAAACCAUUUCUUUAUAGUUUGCUUCGAUUGCUGUAUAUGCUGCGUCUAUGGGAGAAUUAAAAUCAAAGUUUUUCAUAGUGGAAAGCACAGUGCAUCUUCCAAAUAGAGCUUAGUAUGAUAGGAAGUUGGUUUGGUUUUGGAGUAUGGUUUGUUCCGGACUGUAAGUUU